AUGUCAAUCGUUGGCGUCGUCACACUCGACGAUGGCGUCUUCGCCAAUCCAACCGAGAUACUGCACGACCACCUCCAAGUGCCCCAGUUCCUACCUCGAACAGCAUGGCCGACUGCGGACGCUGCCAGGGAGAUGCAAUCCGCCAAGCUCGACCCGUUCAACCUUCCACUAGAUGCUGCGUCCUCCAAGGCCCUUUUCGAAAAGGUACUCACCAUGUAUCGACACCUGGCUCCCAUGCCGCCCUUUAUCAACAACGGCUUGUCAUAUAGCGGUAUCCCCUGGUUUUUGCACGUUGCCAUCCUCCACAGGCUCUUCAACGGCACUUUCGGAACCCACAGAGGCCUCUCUGUUAUGGAAGUCCAGUGUCUUCUGGCGAUUGUUUCCUAUGGAACGCACGAGUCUGUUGCGUUCAUCAAGCCAUACAGGGUCAAAGGGCUACCGGAUGCGUCGAUGCCACGCACAAAACCCAAUACCUUUGAGGAGGUUUGGAACCCGACGUACGACAUGCCCACCAAGCUGGGGGGGUUCCACGACGGCAAUGAAAUACGAGGCUCGGAGGAAUGCAAGCGGCUCGUUUGGGGCAGGAGAUUCAUCGUAGUGCCGAUCAUCUACGGCGUCAACGACCAGUGGGGCAUGACCGUGUUCGACAGGUUCUCAGGGGACUUGUACAUCUUCGACUGUGCGGACGACGAGCUGAAGACGCAACGGAUAGACUCCUGCAUUCACUUCUGGAUCGAGUUUUGGAAUGCACUCGGGAUGGCCAAGACGUUCAGGUACUUUGUCGGCAGAGUCAAUCGGCAGCCCAGCGUGGAGGACUCGUCGCUGCUAUGCGUAAUCUGGCUCAUGGAUUUGCUGCGGAAUCAAGUCGGGAGGAGGAUAUCCAGCCUGGACGAAGGGGCGAUAAGGCAAGACAAGGACGUGUGUGAGCCGGACGUCAGGCGGCCGCUGCAGAGCAGCUUACACCUGAGAGACUGGGUGCCGCUCGGGUGUCAGGCAGGGAGAACAUCGCUCAUGGGUGUGAGAAGAAUCAUACGGAUUCUGAUUUGCAACGAGCUGGGAUGGAGGCACCACGAUAUCAUGAACAGGCGAUACGCCACGUGGCAGGGGGCCACGAUGCCAUCGCCGUGGGAUCUCUUGUCCCCGGUCGUUGAACAACUCGGACGGCACGGAAACCAGGUGGAUGCGAGCAUCUUCUGGACUGGGCUCGGCGGACCGCAGUUUGCGUUGGCAAUGAAGACGGCAGUGCCGCCGUAUUCUUCGGACCAAAACAGGAGACACUACCACAUCCCUGGCCACGAGAGGCACCUAAUUGAGACGGAUCACCGGACCUUGUCAUCGACGAGGCCGUGGACUCCUCCCUGGACGCAAAACAUCGUGUAUACUCCCAGCCGGCCCAUCACUCGUCCUUUGCCGGCCGUGCAUCUCCGCGUCAGCAACCUGGUUCCUCUCACGGAAACCAAUACAGCAAGAACACGAAACUUUACCGUCAGACUGACCAACACGCUGGCGAGAGAAGGAUACGAGGAUCUGAAUCAGCCGCUGGUAAUCACGUUUGACCGGAUCCAAUUCCGCCAGGAUCGGACGGAUGGUUUUCAUCUCAGGUUUGCUUUGAGUGUGAGCGUCGCGGGGGGUGAGCCCGUCGAGACAGAGGUGAUUAUACCGGUGGGGGAGGUGCCCCCGAUAUAG